AUGGAAGAAGAUUGUGGUGCAUUUGCAGCAGACUGUGUUGUCCUGUCAUGCUGCUGCCAAUGCCUUGUGUUACAAGUCAGUGUCUUCGCCUUCUUCGAGGUCCCUCGUAAGCUUGCCCAGAAGAUGAAGAAGUUUUUGAAGAGAAGAUGUGGAAAAACCUUGCAACCAACAAUGGAGGACGAUGUCAAAGAGGAGCACUGUUAUGGAAACGGGUUUGCCUUUGAUGAAGGAUCAUCAAGAUUAAAUUGCAUUGAAGAUAUUGAGGGGAUGUUGCAGGAAUUGUCGAUGGACAAAGAGUUCGUGUUUGGAAGCUUCUGGCGCCACCAAGAUUCUUCUGACAUGAUUGAUCUCAAAUAG